AUGUGUCUCGCGCGGCCGCAUAGCGCAAAGAUACCGUGAGGGCAGAGAAGCUACCAUGUUGCGGCGCUCUGCUCGCCUUCUCUUCUCUCCUCCCUUCCUCCCCCGUGCCACCCGAACCCUAAGCCCCAUCGGAAACCCUAACUCCAUCCUCUCUAUCUCCUCCUCCUCCUCCCCCUCCCCCUCCCCCUCCCCCCCUUUCUCCUCUUCCUCCAUCUCCGAUGCUGAAUUCCGCAAGUACGCCGGUUACUUCGUCCUUCUCCUUGGCUGCGGCGUCGCCACGUACUACUCUUUCCCCUUGCCGGAAGACGCCAAGCACAAAAAGGCGCAGCUCUUUCGCUAUGCGCCUCUCCCGGAGGACCUCCACACCGUCUCCAACUGGAGCGGCACCCACGAGGUCCACACUCGCAACUUCCACCAGCCCGAGACUCUCGCCGACCUCGAGAACGUCGUUCGGGAUUCCCACGAGAAACGGCAUAGAAUACGUCCUGUUGGCUCCGGCCUUUCGCCUAACGGGAUCGGGCUUGCCAAGUCCGGUAUGGUCAACUUGGCCCUGAUGGACAAGGUGCUCGAGGUGGACCAAAAGGCGAAGCGGGUCAGGGUGCAGGCCGGGAUCAGGGUGUCGCAGCUCGUGGAUGCUCUCAAGGAGCAUGGCCUCACGCUGCAGAAUUUCGCCUCCAUAAGAGAGCAGCAGAUUGGGGGAAUCAUACAGGUUGGAGCUCAUGGUACUGGUGCACGUUUGCCGCCAAUUGAUGAGCAGGUCGUAAGCAUGAAGCUGGUGACUCCUACGAAGGGAACAAUAGAAGUCUCGAAAGAGAAAGAUCCUGAACUGUUCUAUCUUGCUCGCUGUGGCCUUGGGGGCCUUGGUGUAGUUGCAGAAGUCACCCUUCAGUGUGUGGAACGACAUGAAUUGGUAGAACACACAUUUGUUUCUAAUGCCAGUGAGAUAAGGAAAAAUCACAAGAAGUGGCUGGCCGAAAACAAGCAUAUAAAGUAUCUUUGGAUUCCAUAUACAGAUGCCGUUGUUGUUGUGCAGUGUAAUCCUCUUUCCAAGGGGAGAAUCCCAAAGCAUAAGCCAAAGUACGGGAAGGAUGAAGCGUUGAGGCAAAUUCGUGCUCUCUACCAUGAUUCACUGGAAAAGUACAGUUCUGGAAAUGCUGCUGCUGAACAAGAUAUCGAUCAACUAUCAUUCACAGAGUUGAGGGAUAAACUUCUUGCUCUUGAUCCUCUCAAUAUAGGCCAUGUCAAAAAAGUCAAUCAGGCAGAAGCUGAUUACUGGAGGAAGUCUGAAGGAUACCGUGUAGGUUGGAGUGAUGAAAUAUUGGGAUUUGAUUGUGGUGGACAGCAAUGGGUCUCUGAAACCUGUUUCCCAGCUGGUACUCUGAAAAGUCCUAGCAUGAAGGAUUUGGACUUUAUAGAAGAACUGAAGAAGCUCAUAGAAGAGGAAGAGGUGCCAGCACCUGCUCCCAUUGAGCAGCGUUGGACUGCUUCCAGUAAGAGUCUGAUGAGCCCAGCAUCAUCCACCGGUGAUGAAGAUAUAUUUUCUUGGGUUGGCAUAAUCAUGUACCUGCCGACAACAGAUCCUCGCCAAAGGAAGGACAUAACUGAUGAGUUCUUCAGUUACAGACAUUUGACACAAGCUAGCUUGUGGGAUAAAUAUUCUGCUUAUGAACAUUGGGCUAAAAUUGAGGUUCCCAAGAAUAAGGAAGAGCUUGCAAAACUUCAAGCAAGAUUGCGGAAGCGUUUUCCAGUCGACAUGUAUAACAAAGCACGCAUGGAGUUGGAUCCGAAGAGAAUCCUUUCAAACGCAUUUUUGGGGAAGAUUUUCCCCUCAACGGAGACUUCCGUUUCAGCUUGAGUCAGGAAAGCUUGCUUCUCUUCUCUCGUUUAGUUUCCAACAAUUUGCAUUAUUGUUUUGCAAAUCUUUUGGUUAUAAAUAAUUUUUAUUCCACCCAUUUUAUUCCCAUUUUUUUUUUCAGUGGGUGAAUCGAAUCCUCGCGUUUAAUAUUAGAAACAAGUUAGUGUUGCAUGAGACUCCUACUGAAACUGUGCUUGUGCAGAAUAAACAUAUUUGGAUUGAUAAUUUCCAAUAUGCUACUUGUUUAUUGUUA